UAGAAGAACAGGGCUGGGUGGCUCAGGUUACAAGGUAGGCAUAAAUAGCCAGUGCCUGCCAGGGAAAGGCUAGUUGGCCUGUAGAUCCUGGAGGCCGAGAAGAAGCAGCCGCCAUGCUUAUCCUGCCUCUCUCCAUGCUGAUCCUGCUUACGCAGCCCCCGAGGUCACUGGGAGCAGAGAUGAAGACCUACUCCCAGAGAGCAGCAGCCAGCACCUGCACCCUGGUCAUGUGUAGCCCCGUGGAGAAUGGCCUGCCUGGUCGUGAUGGACGGGAUGGGAGAGAGGGACCCCGCGGCGAGAAGGGGGAUCCAGGGACAGCCCCUUAUUCCUCAGCACCUCCAAGAUUCCUGCCCAGAAGGAUUCAGCAAGAGAGACCCUCCAGGAGCACGCAUCUCCCUCCGAAUAAAACCACACACUCCCCAGUGGCCCUCAAGGACACUGCACCCCUGCCUACUUCUCUGACCUCACCUCCUUCUACUCCAGCCACACUGACUCCUUUGGAGCUCUUCCCCAACGGCCGAGCUGUCGGGGAGAAGAUCUUCAAGACAGGUGGUUUUGAAAAGACGUUUGAGGACGCACAGCAGGUGUGUAUGCAGGCGGGGGGACAGAUGGCCUCCCCACGCUCUGCAGCUGAGAACGAGGCCCUGCAGCAGCUGGCCACAGCUCAGAACAAGGCUGCUUUCCUGAGCAUGACGGACAUCAAGACAGAGGGCAAGUUCACCUACCCCACUGGGGAGCCCCUGGUCUAUUCCAACUGGGCCCCAGGGGAGCCCAACGACAAUGGCGGCUCCGAGGACUGUGUGGAGAUCUUUACCAAUGGCAAGUGGAAUGACAAGAACUGCAGGGAGCAGCGCCUGGUGGUCUCUCGGGCCAGGUGCUGCCAUAACCCCAGCCUGACUCUCUUCUUAGUGGAGCUCUUCCCCAACGGCCGAGCUGUCGGGGAGAAGAUCUUCAAGACAGGUGGUUUUGAAAAGACGUUUGAGGACGCACAGCAGGUGUGUAUGCAGGCGGGGGGACAGAUGGCCUCCCCACGCUCUGCAGCUGAGAACGAGGCCCUGCAGCAGCUGGCCACAGCUCAGAACAAGGCUGCUUUCCUGAGCAUGACCGACAUCAAGACAGAGGGCAAGUUCACCUACCCCACUGGGGAGCCCCUGGUCUAUUCCAACUGGGCCCCAGGGGAGCCCAACGACAAUGGCGGCUCCGAGGACUGUGUGGAGAUCUUUACCAAUGGCAAGUGGAAUGACAAGAACUGCAGGGAGCAGCGCCUGGUGGUCUGCGAGUUCUGAGCUGCCGGGGAGGGGGCCGCACUCGGCCAGGGAGCCUGCCAGCGAGUGGGGGCCCAGACCUGUGUGCUGCCAAUGGCGUCGCCCCUGCUGGCCAGGGCUUGUCCACAGAGCUGUAGGGGGAGGUCAGAAGGCAGGUCCCUGCGGAUCGCCUCUCCCAGAGUCAGAUGGCUUCACACACGCAAGACCUGUCAGAGGAAGAAGGGGCCAGCGGCUUUCCCAGUUGAGGAAUAAAAUUGGGUCCCCAAGACCUCCCCGUGGCAAAAUCCAGUGGCUCCUCCUCAGAUGUCCUCCUCCUCCAACUGUCAGCCAUAUUUGACCAGCUGACCACGCCCUGCCCUUCCGUCUUCCUCCUCUGGCCUUCCAGAGCGCUCCUGCUGACUUUUGUCUCAGCCUCAGUCAGCCUCGUUGCUCCUCCCUCCUCCCUUCGUGACCACUUAAUGGCGCGGUGCUGGCCUCGGCUCUCCCGCCGUUCUCUUCUGGCCUGACUCUCACUCUAGGUGGAACUCAUUCCAUCCAAGUCUUUGAAUUCCUUCUUCUGACAGCUCCCAUAUGCAUAUCCCUGUUGGGGGACCUCUCCCUAAAGCCCAGGCUUCUCUAGCCAACGCAAGCUGGAGCCGCGGGGCUGGCAGGCCUCCGUGGUUGCCUCUUGCUUCAAGGCCAGAGCCCAGGAAGUGGCAGAGGACAGGCGGAUGACCUGGCAGCAAGCAUCUGUCUCCCCCGACUGCGUGGCCCUACAUCCAGUAGACUGGGCCUCAUCCUUGCACUGCCCAGGAUCUCUCUCUCUCUUCGUGUCAUAUGACUGCCUCUUGGUUCACGGGAGGGAGUUCCAUCCACACAACCCUAGCUCCCGCUGAAAUCUCAGGCACAGAGGGUGUCCAGCUGUGCUCACGUUUAUCCCCAACCCCUCUGGGCCUGGCAGUUCCAGGAAUGAUCUUUCCCCACCCCACCCCGGAGGUAAUCUCGUCAAAGGCUCCUCAUGUUACAGCUAAGGAAACCAGGACACAGAGCGAGCAGGGAGUCACACAUGGCCCCAGGCUGUAUCAGCUGGGCCGCUCAGUUGUGACAAAGGUCAUCUGACCUCAGAACUUAUGCUUUUAGCCUGUAAAUUUUUAGGUCAAAAGCCUCCGUAUAAAUUUAGUUGAUUUUAUUGACACAGUACUGCAAAAAUAUUUUUUUGGUAUUUUCUUUUCUUUUUUUUAAAUUAAGGUUUUAUUUUAAUUCCAGUUAGUUAACAUACAGUGUUAUAUUAGUUUCAGGUAUAGAAUAUAAUAUAGCAAUUCAACA